AAACUUUUGCCUUAAGUAGGAGAAGAUAGUGUGGGGGGGAGAGAGAGUUAAACAGUGAGUUUUUGCAGAAGGGAAUUUAUGGAGUUAAAUGGAGAGAUAAGAGAAGAUGAAGCAGAAGAAGAAACAUGAAUGAAUUGAGAAGUAAAGAAGGUCCCUUACCUCUCUCUCUUAGUACAACCACAACUGCCAGAGGCCUCAGGGAUUCCUUGGAGUAGCAUUAAAGACUUUGGCCAUUGCUGUGUGUAUCCCCCUCUUAACUGCAAACCCACCAGCUACAGACAUACAGAAAAACCAGCAAUAACUAUUUGUUUACCCUUUACCUGGAAAAGAUCUUUCAUUUCACCUUCUUACCGCCCUUUUGGAGUAUAUUGAUGCUUUGAUGAUCUCUGGCUUUGAAGAAGAAGAGAAAUCAUGGGUUCUUCUUCUUUCACCCAUAUUCUCCCCAUGAUUGUCUUCACAAUCAUUUUUAUCCUCUCAUCAUUCCAGAACGCCCACAUUUCUCCAGCAGCUGCUGCCAUUUCUUCUGAGAAAGUCUCGGGGGGAGAAGAGAGAGAAGCAGAGCAUGCUACUGCUAUACUGCAAAAGUUCAGAGCUUUACUUGGUUUGCACAGCAUCAAACACAGAAUGCCAUGGAAUGAACGUUUCUCACCUUCUCCAUCUCCAUUCCCGGAAAAUGGAGCUCCAUCUCCAAGUUCAGCAAAUGGGGGUCCAGCUCCAGCUCCAUCUCCAAAGCUGUCACCAAUUCACCUGCAUUCUCAUCCUCCAUCCUUUCACCCAAGACCCAUUCCUCUACCACACAUCCAACAGAAAAACAACAACAACAGAAAAUUCAGAGUGAAGAUUCUAGUGGCAAUCGUUUUGUCUUCAGGAGCUGCAUUGGUGGUAUCAAUGCUUCUGCUCAUCUGGUUCAGGAACCACCAAAGGCAAUCUCGAGGAAAAACCUUGUCGGUGGGCAGUAAAAAAUGGAGGAGAAGCAGCAGAGGUAAAAAAUCCAAGUACUUAGCUUCUUCAGGUAACAAGGUGAGCUUAAACCCCGGCCUUGAUUUCUUGCACCCGAAUUCAUUAGGCAAACACUCUGAGCAAGAAACUUCACAGACUACUGAGGCACUGAAACAAACUAAUAGUAGUAGCAGCAGUGCCAGUAGCUCUUCCACCAGAGAAAUUGCUUCUGUCCAUGGAGAUGCAGAGGAAUGUGUGGAGUAUGAAUCCGAUGGAGGGAAAUCUGUUUCUUCUUGUCGCGAGGAUAAAAUCAUUCCAAUUGAGUGCCAUUCAUCGGACGAUGAAUCUUUCCAUUCAUUCGUUGACUCGCAUUCAUCAAAUAUCAGGCUUUCCAAUGCUUCUUCCGCUGGUAGUGUUGGUGAUCCAUCUGGAAUUUCUCCAAUUCCAAUGGUUUUGGAUAUCCCAGAAUUAAAACCAGUGCAUAGCUUGAGUAAUGGCUCAACUCUAGAGCCUAAUCUUCCAAUGGAAAGUGUGGAAGUUCCACGUACCGCCACGGCACCACCGCCCCCUCCACCACCUCCACCAUUGCCACGGCUAUCUCCUCCAUGCGAGUCGUCGUGGCGGUCUAAGAUCACAUCCACAUUCCCUAAUCUUUCAUCUCCAAGAAAGUCAAGGCCACCUCAGAAAUCUCAAUCUGGGAUUCCUCCGCCGCCUUGCCCUCCUCCACCAUUUCUGGAGGGCAAUAGCAGCUCAGCAAAAGGUCCACCACCUCCUCCACCAUCACAGCUUCCUCAGUUGACACCACCACUGGGGAAAGAUGGAGUACCAUUGGCGAAACUGAAGCCCCUUCAUUGGGAUAAAGUCAGAGCACCACCAGAGCAAAGUAUGGUGUGGGACAAGAUUAGAUCAAGCUCAUUCGAGUUGGAUGAAGAGAUGAUCGAGUCGCUUUUUGGGUACAACUUAAGAAGCACGGUUAAGAAGACAGAAGAAGCAAACAGCAAAACCCCUUCCCCAAGCAAGCAUGUCUUGGACCCCAAGAGACUCCAGAACAUAACCAUUCUAUCAAAAGCCCUGAGUUCCACCGCUGACCAAGUUUGCGAUUCACUAAUGAGAGGGGAUGGCCUUGGCUUGCAGCAACUGGAGGCACUGGCGAAAAUGGUGCCAACCAACGAAGAACAGUUGAAGCUACGCGGGUUUAAAGGGAACCUCAAUGAAUUGGGUUCGGCUGAAAGAUAUGUCAAGACAUUGCUCACUGUACCGUUAGCCUUCCAUAGGGUUGAAGCAAUGCUUUUCAGAGAAACCUUCGAAGAUGAAGUAUUUCAUCUGAGAAACUCAUUCUCAAUGCUUGAGGAAGCAUGCAAAGAACUACGAUCAAGCAGACUGUUCCUAAAACUACUCGAAGCAGUGCUCAAGACCGGCAACCGAAUGAACGUGGGAACAAUUCGAGGCGGGGCGAGGGCAUUCAAACUCGAUGCCCUCCUCAAACUCUCUGACGUUAAAGGCACGGACGGGAAAACCACACUGCUUCAUUUUGUCGUUCAGGAAAUUAUUCGAACAGAAGGCAUGCGAGUCUCGGAAAGUAUAAUGGGCAAAAUCAACCAGAAAACCAAGACCAGAACCGUCGAGGAAAGAGAGGAGAAUUACCGGCGGAUGGGAUUGGACCUCGUCACCGGGCUCACCACGGAGCUCUACAACGUCAAGAAGACAGCCACCAUCGACCUCGACGUUCUGGCGACCUCCGUCUCGAAUCUGUCGAAUGGGAUCUCGAAGCUGAACAAUCUGGUGGAGAAUGAGCUCUCCCGCGACGAGAGAAGCCGGGGAUUCGUGGAAUCGAUGAGUGCGUUCUUGAAAUAUGCAGGAAGCAAUCUGAAAGAAGUGAAGGAGGAAGAAGAUAGAGUGAUUGCGCUGGUUAGAGAGAUUACAGAGUACUUUCAUGGGAACCAUGUGAGCAAAGACGAAGCAAACCCAUUAAGGAUUUUCGUAAUUGUGAGGGAUUUCUUGGGGAUGCUCGACCAUGUCUGUAAAGAACUAAGAAGCUCCAAGAUGGCUUAUAGCCCAAAUCCUCUGGCGCCAUUUCGAUAGGGGAAUUUGAUCAAUUUGGGAUCAUCAGUUUCUUUCCUCUUGUGUGUGUGUGACUGCUACUUUGUUGUUGUGUUAAGCUGUUAUUGGAAACCUCUCAUUUGUACGAAAUUGAAAUAAGAUUGGAAAUUUUUU